AUGCAACUGCACAUUUUGAUAACGACAACAACGUUGCUUCUAAUAUUGGCCGGAUCGAUCGCGGGCCACUCUUGCCCGGAAUGCGACAAAUCCUCGUGUCCAACUCUCACUUCCUGUCCAGGUGGCUACGUCAUUGACGCCUGCGACUGCUGCGACGAAUGUGCCAAGCAGGUAAACGAAAGUUGUGGAGCAGGCCUGUCGUCCAUCUACGGCAAGUGUGAUGGCCACCUCGUCUGCAAGAUCUUCGCUGAAGUCGGCCAGUCUUUGGUCGGAAAUGAAAUGGGCAUCUGCCAAGCGUUUUCACACAAGUUGAAAUAA